CAUGCACCCUUAAAAGUACCGACAGGGGUUCCCCACGCUAAGAUCCCGCUGUCUGAAUUGUUUUGGUCUACUUGCUUAUGUAGACAGCCAAGGGGCAAACAAGGGGUAAAGUAUUGCAACGUUGCCGCAGACAAAAUCAAUAACACAAAAGUCCAUGUCUACGUGAAUCCCUCAAUCAGCUCUUUCCCUCUGUUCUCCAUCACAGCCACGGCUUACUCUCAUCGGCGUCUUUGUCAAUCAUGUAUAACUUGUCUCGCGGCAUGAGUCUCCUUGGCUCCGGUGUAGCCGUCCUUCUGGCCUGCGCUAGGACUGCCCAGGCUGCCUCGGGCACCCUGGAAGUGGACUUGGUCUUUCCGCAGAACGAUACCUACGCACCCGCACACAUCAUCCCUAUCACCUUUGCAUUCCAGAAUUCCGAUCUUGCCGGCUACGUGCAGCCCAGCAUCGCGUUCACUAUUAUCCCCUAUGGGAACAACACCAAGGCCAUUGCGAAUGGCAACUUCGAGAUGACAUGGACCAACUUCACGGAUAGCAACCCUUUCAUUCAAUACGGCGAAGCUCUGGAGGGUCUCAACUCUGAGGGCACCUGGGCGCUCGAUUGGCAGCUGUCUGUUACCAACUGCUCUGGCCCUGACAAUGACUUGAAAUUCACAACGGAUACGAAAAUGCACCGGGUUGUGUUCACGACCAAGAAUGGCGCGAAGGCACCAGACGUCAGCGCAGCUACUGCCAAAGACACCUGCUCCAAUUCCCAAGGCUUUGCAUUCCAAAUCACGCAGACGCUUGAUUCAGGGGGCAAGUUCGACAACGGCAGACCUUGCGCCGUGCUGGCAGAGACCACACCAGCCCCCACUCCUUGUGGUGUCAAGAUCGAUGCUGCUGCUGCGGCUAAUGUUUCUGCGUCCUUUACCGCCAAGGCCUGCGCCAUCGAGACUGCGUCCUGGUGCCCAAAGGUGGAUGGCGCAAACCAGAACGCGGUGCUAUCGAGCGUUGUGGUUGGUGGCAUAGCAUUCCUGGCAGUGGUGGUUGGUGGGCUGGGGUUUCUCGCCAUUUGAUGUGGAGUUCCCGAGUUCCCGUCCGUUCCGGAUCAAGGAAGCAUGCCUGCUGCUUUUGCGCAUGUAACUAAAUAGGCUUACUAGAACAAGCUCCACAAUACAAGUGUUGGCUUGCCCGGUCGAUCAUGGCUUAAAUUACAGUUAUGCACCUACAAAUGUAGUCCAUGUCAGCAC